ACUCAUUAGCUGCAGCGUUGCGUAAUCUUGGCACAGUUUGAUUUGUUUUAUUCCUGGGAACAAAGUCACUUUCUCUCUGAUUUUUACAUUAAUUUUCUUUUUCUUUUUCUUUUUCUGGACGUACCCCAUUUUCCGUGUUUUUUUGAGGAUUCAAGAGUUGAAUGCAGCGUCAUUUUCUUCUAUUGUGUGCACAUAAGAGAUUGGAUGAUACCUCCAACUUUGCUGAUGAUCUUCAAAUGUGCUGAUUAUAGAUAGCGCUGUGUGAAAAAGAGACGGACAAAAAGGGCAGGUGGGGGUUAUCACAUCUGUAGUCUAUUCUUUGGGAUUUUGAUGAUAUGAUGGCCUUUGCUUUAGGAUCAUCCAUCAACACUUUGGAAAACGUAUAAAGAAAACCCUCAAAUUUUGACAUCUGUAACUGAUGUCGGGAUUUUUGUGAUUUUGGCUAAAUCGUUAGUUUAUAGUGUUUACCAUUUAAUUGGGCGAUUUGAUCGUCAGUUUUCAUGUAAACAUUGUUUGACUAUCAGUGUUUUGCUUACAGUUGUGUUCAAUCAGUGGAAUUGGAGCUGGGGUUUUCGAUUAUCCGUUUACUGGGGUGUAGCCGUGUAGAGAAUUGGGAUUUGCAUAAUUGCAUUAUACUGGAAAUUAUUGGAUUCUGUAUAAGAUUUGGUUUUUCGCUGGUAACUGGUGAAUUCUGACUCCAAUUCGUUUGAAGAUUAUAUCUUUUGCAGAUUUCUGAUAUAUCACGUUCUUAUUACUUGAUCUUGGGAGGUUAUUCAUGGAUAAAUUUUGAUGAACUGUAUGGGGUGAAUUUUUUGUUACUUUGGAAUGCAAUUACUAACAUUCUAAAGACAGAUUUUGCAGAGUACAUUGUGGAUUUGGGGUAGAGUUCAUGAAGUAUUAUUGAAAUACAUAGAUUGUUAAUGCUAUGGUUGUAAUGGCAAAAUUUGAUUAAUUUGGAUGCUGAUGAAAUGGCAUCCAUAUCUCCAUCCCCAAAUUCUCCACCUUCUGCUGUUCCACCGGCUUCCACCAAUUCUCCUCCACCUCUGCCUUCCCCUCCCCGUUCUACCCCACCAAAGCCAUCAAAUGCCCCACCACCUCAGCUCAAUUCUCCUCCACCCACCAUUACUCCGCCACCUCAAUCCUCCCCCCCAACCAAUGUUGCACCACCUCCUCCAGCCUUGACCCCGCCUCCUGUGGCAUCUCCACCUCCUACUACAUCUCCUCCUCCUCAGCCUACACUCUCACCACCGCCAGCCAAUACACUGCCUACAUCUUCAAGUCCUCCAUCUCCAUCUCCACCUCUGCCUAACCUACCAGCUAGCACACCACCCCCACCUGUGUCUAAUCCACCAGCUAGCUCACCACCCCCAACUCCUAAUCCACCAUCUAGCUCACCACCUCCACCAUCAAAUCCCCCUGCAAGUUCACCACCAUCUUCAUCAACAAAUCCACCUUUAAAUUCACCUCCACCGCUGUCAUCUAUACCCUCUGCAAGUCCACCUGAGCCACCAAAGAAUGACCCACCUCCAGGUCCUCCACCACGAACACAAUCACCACAAAAUUCACCUCCACCUCCAUCUAGCCUUCCCCCUGUAAAAUCACCACCCCCACCACCAUCCAAGCCGCCUGAAAAUUCCCCUCCACAGCCAGCAGCCAUACCACCCCGGAAGUCCCCUCCUCCUCCAGCACCUAUCUCUCCUGAAAGUUCACCCCCACAAUCGGCACUAGUGCCACCCCCUAAAUCUCCACUGCCAUUUCUAACCCCACCAUCUCGUUCUUCACCAGCAUCUACCCCAUCUUCAAAUUCUCCCCAAAGGUCACAACCACCACCUAUAGUACUAACGUCACCACCACCACCUCCCUCUGUUGUGUCCUCACCAACAAACAACAACAAUUCCAGCACUAAUGCACCAGAAAGCUCCCAAUCUAGAGAUGCUGGAGGCACUAUAGCAAUUGUUUCAGGACUUGUCUUUCUACUGCUUGCCAUCUUUGCAUCAGUAGGGUGGUGCAUAUGGAAGAGAAAGAAAAAGGCUUCUGGACUUGGUGGCGGUUACAUCAUGCCAACCUCUCUUGGUUCUUCUCCGAAAUCAGAUUCCACCUUAUUGAAGGUGCAAAUAUCAGCAUCCAUCAAUGGAAAUGGCUCUGGCAGCGGUUUUGAAAAUUCACCACGUGAUCCUGGUGCCUUUGGCCAUUCUAGGUCAUGGUUUACUUAUGAAGAACUAGCUGAAGCUACUCAUGGAUUUUCAGGGCAGAAUCUCUUGGGUGAAGGUGGAUUUGGUUUUGUGUACAAAGGAUGUAUGGCAGAUGGUAGAGCGGUAGCAGUUAAGCAGUUAAAGAUUGAUGGUGGACAAGGAGAGCGAGAAUUCAGAUCUGAAGUCGAGAUAAUUAGUCGCAUACACCAUCGCCAUUUGGUUUCACUUUUUGGUUAUUGCAUUUCUGAGAACAGAAGGAUGCUUGUAUAUGAUUAUGUUCCAAAUAAUACCCUCUACUUCCAUCUUCACGGUGAAGGUGGACCUGUUAUGAAUUGGGCUACACGUGUACGGAUUGCUGUUGGUGCUGCUCGUGGAAUAGCUUACCUUCAUGAAGACUGCCAUCCCCGUAUUAUUCACAGAGAUAUCAAGUCAUCAAACAUCCUUUUAGAUAACAACUUUGAAGCUCAGGUUUCUGAUUUUGGACUUGCUAAAUUAGCUAUGGAUACAAAUACUCAUGUUACCACACGGGUUAUGGGAACCUUUGGAUACAUGGCUCCCGAGUAUGCAACAAGUGGCAAGUUGACAGAAAAGUCUGAUGUGUUUUCCUAUGGAGUUGUGCUUUUAGAGCUAAUUACAGGUCGCAAGCCUGUGGAUACUUCUCAACCCCUGGGGGAGGAGAGUCUAGUAGAGUGGGCUCGACCUUUGCUUAGUCAUGCACUUCAGACGGAGGAAUUUGAGGGGUUGGCAGAUUCAAGGCUUGAAGGAAAUUUUAUUGGUACUGAAAUGUUUCGAAUGAUUGAGGCUGCUGCAGUCUGUGUGCGCCAUUCAGCUGCAAAGAGACCAAAAAUGGGACAGGUUGUGAGGGUGCUUGAUAGUAUGGCUACCCCGGACUUGACAAAUGGAAUGAAAGUGGGGGAAAGUGCAAUAUUUAACUCUGCACAACAAUCUGCAGAAAUUAGAUUGUUUCGGAGGAUGGCAUUUGGUAGUCAAAAUUACAGUACAGAUUUUUUCAGUCAAUAUAGCUGUAGUUGAGAAGGCCAUCAACUGAAUGUCUUGAUGUAAAUGCGAUGCCAACUGGACUGAGAGGUACUCAAUUUGUCUGUCUUUGCAUCUGACGUAGACUUUAGACAUUCCUACUCUGGUCAGAGUUUUGUAGAUAAAAUUUAUUGUAGCAUUGAAGCAUUUUCUGUUUGUUGCAGCAAUUUUUCCCUGUAAGUAACAUCAAUUUUUUGUUCAGUAAUUACCUCUAUAAGUUUGUAGCAUUGAUUCCUUUUAUUGUCUGAUGGAAUAGCCUUGUAUUUUGCAGCCUUCUGUUAAUGUAUACCAUUGAGUUUUAUAA